GGUGAUCGUAAUCUAUAUCAAAGAUUUCAGUCUUACUCCUCCGUCUUACGCCAAGAGGCGGUCCCCUCAGGCAUUGUACAUUAUCCUCUCAUCUCUUCCGUAGAUACCUCUCCACGAACACAAGCAUGGCCGCGACGAUUGAGCUUGCCCAAACAGGCAAGCGUGACUGGCUGCAGUCUCUCGAGAAGCAGUAUCAGCAAAAGUGGAAGGAAGAUCGCAUCUUUGAGGUUGAGGCUCCCUCGCCCGAGGAGCUCAAGGGCCUCAGCCCUGCGGAGGUCAAAGAGAAGCUGCCCAAGUGGUUCGGAAACUUCGCCUUCCCUUACAUGAAUGGCUCCCUUCACCUUGGUCACGCGUUCACCAUGUCCAAAGUCGAGUUUGCCGCUGGAUACGAGCGUAUGCUUGGCAAGCGUGUCUUGUACCCUCUUGGGUUCCAUGCAACGGGCAUGCCGAUCAAGUCUGCCUCGGACAAAGUCAUCCGAGAAAUGGAGAUGUUCGGGGAAAACUUCGAGCGCUUCGACGAUGAGACCGGUGGUUUGAAGGAGGAGAAGGACGCCUCACAAUCGCAACAAGUGGGUAAGGCCACCAAAGGAAAACUCGCGGCAAAGUCCACCGGGCAUAAAUAUCAGUUCCAAAUCAUGGAGUCGAUUGGUAUCCCGCGGACCGAUAUCAAGAAGUUUGCCGACCCAUACUACUGGCUGGAGUUCUUCCCGCCUAUCUGCGUCAAAGACAAUGAUGCAUUUGGCUCGCGGAUAGACUGGCGACGCGCCUUCAUCACCACUGACGCCAAUCCUUACUUUGACUCUUUCGUACGAUGGCAGACGAACAAACUUCAUGCUCUUGGAAAAAUCAAGUUUGGAGAGCGUUACACCAUCUACAGUCCCAAAGACGGUCAGCCUUGCAUGGACCACGACCGGUCAGAGGGAGAGGCGCUCGGUCCCCAAGAAUACACUGGCAUCAAGCUGGAAGUUCGCGAGUGGAGCGAGGCGGCGAAGAAGCUUGUUGAGGGAAAGCUUGGAGGUCGCAAGGUGUCUAUGGUUGCUGCUACCCUGCGGCCAGAGACUAUGUACGGUCAGACUAACUGCUUUGUCGGAACCGCCAUCAAGUAUGGUGUUUUCGUCGUCAACGAUCAAGAAGCGUUCCUCUGCACGUAUCGCGCUGCUCGCAACAUGGCUUUCCAGGGUCUCUUGUCGGGACGUGGAGAGAUCCAGCAGAUCCUGGAGAUCGAUGGAACUGACCUUGUUGGUACCAAGGUUUCUGCUCCCUUCUCAGUAAACCCCGAGGUAUAUGUCCUGCCCAUGGACAACGUUCUCCCUACAAAGGGUACUGGUGUCGUUACCUCCGUCCCUUCCGACUCUCCAGAUGACUACCAGACCCUGAUGGAUCUGCGCAAGAAGGCAGAGUUCUACAAGAUUGACCCCAAAUGGGCUGCUUUCGAGCCAGUCGCCGUACUCUCCACGCCAACCUAUGGCGAGAUGACCGCUCCCGCUCUGGUCCAGAAGUUGAAGAUCCAGUCGCAGAAAGACACGAAGCAACUCGCGGAGGCAAAGGAAAUAUCGUACAAGGAAGGCUUCUACUCGGGCACGAUGGUUAUCGGAGAGUUCAAGGGACUGUCGGUGCAGGACGCUAAGCAGAAGGUCAGGGACAGCAUGAUUGCUAAAGGUGCUGCGUUUGCCUACGCCGAGCCCGAGGGCUUGGUCAUCUCUCGCAGUACAGACGAGUGUGUCGUCGCGCUGAUGGACCAGUGGUACCUUGAUUAUGGUGAAGCCUCGUGGCGGGCGGAGACUGAGAAGUUGGUGGCCAAGAUGGAGAUGUAUACUACAGAAACGCGUAAUGCCUUUGAGGCAACCCUUGCCUGGCUGAACCAGUGGGCAUGUGCUCGCACUUACGGCCUCGGCUCUAAGCUGCCCUGGGAUCCUCAGUUCCUCGUGGAGAGUCUGAGUGACUCAACCGUUUACCAGGCCUACUACCCCUUCGCUCAUCUGUUGCACAAGGAUUACUUCGGCCGCGAAAUCGGACCCUUGGGUAUCACGCCUGACCAGUUGACGGACGAGGUUUGGGAGUAUAUCUUCCGCGACGGACCUUGGCCCGAUCCCGCGCCGCUGCCAAAGGAGAAGGUGGACAAGAUGAAGCACGAAUACAACUACUUCUACCCCUUCGACCUCCGUUCGUCCGGAAAGGAUUUGGUGCCGAACCAUCUUACCUUCUGCUUGUACAAUCACGUCGCACUGUUCCCUGAGGAGAAAUGGCCACUGAGCAUGCGUACAAACGGACAUCUGAUGCUCAACGGCAAGAAAAUGUCGAAGAGCACGGGUAAUUCGCUGACCCUCAAGGAGAGCGUGGAGAAGUUCGGUGCGGACGCGACGCGUUUGGCGUUGGCAGAUGCUGGUGACAGUGUUGAAGACGCCAACUUCGAUGAGAAGACUGCAAACGCUCAGAUUCUUCGGAUACACACACUGCUGAGUUGGUGCGAGGACAUGCUCAAGCCUGAGGCCAAGCUGAGAACCGGCCCCAAGAAUUCAUACCAUGAUCGCGUUUUUGAGGAGGAAAUCAACGACCUCCUCAGCACAACGAAGGGUCAUUACGGACACAUGCAUUACAAGGAUGCGCUGAAGUACGGCUACUACGAGUUCCAAAGCGCCCGUGACUGGUAUCGUGAAGUCACCGCUGACAUUGGUAUGCACGCCGACCUCGUCAAGUACUGGAUCCGCACUGCCGCUCUCCUCGUCGCCCCAAUCGCGCCUCAUCUCGCCGAGCAUAUCUGGACUGGUAUUCUGAAGGAAGCCAAGUCCGUGCAACUGGCUCGUUGGCCCGAGCCAUCCAAGCCUGUUGACAAGACUAUCGUUGAGACCGGCGCGUACAUGCGCACGACGGUCAAGACGAUCCGUGACGCUGAGACCAACUUGCUGAAGAAGAUCCAGAAGGGAAAGAAGGGCAAGGGUGGCGAGGACGCGCCGUUCGAUCCUAAGAAACCCAAGAGCGUUCAUGUUUACGUCGCGACCAAGUUCCCGGAGUGGCAGGAUGCGUGCGUGCAGGCGGUCAAGGACGCAUAUGAUGAGAAGGCGAACAAAGUUGAUGAUGCUAAGGUCCGCGAAAUCCUUGCUCAGAAGGGCCUCAUCAAGGACAAGCGCGCGAUGCCUUUCAUUCAGCUGUUCAAGAAACGGAUGGCUGAGUUCGGAGCACAGACCGCUUUCCGGAGAGGGCUACCGUUCUCCGAAUCGGAAGUGUUGACGCAGUUCCUGCCAUAUUUGAAAAAGUCUUUGAACUUGGUCGGUGCAGAUGUUAUGUUUGUUGACGAGGCUCUGGCAAGGGAGGGUCCGGGUUACUCAAAGGCCAUCAUCGAGACUUCAGAACCAGGCGCUCCGGCGUUUGAAUACUAUAAUGUCUGAGUCUACACCAUUCUUUCCGCCACCAUUCUUUCCGCGACGUCGCUAAUUUGUUUGCUUUACAUACUUACAUUAGAAUAUAUGUAGAAGAGAGUAUUAAUACACAGGAAUUUUGUGUCAACAUCGCC